AACGUGCUAGCUUUAUACUCUGCAUUGCAAGUAUCGGUUUCAAUUCUGAACUUCCAAAUAGAUACUCAGCUCAAGCUUUCCCUGUUUCUCAAGAAACCAUCUCCCUAAGCUUUUGUCCUUAAUCUCUAUUGUCUUUUUUCUUCAAGAUUCAUCGAAAAUCAAGAAACAAAAAUUCAAUCUCUCAAGAUUCAAGAACUCACACUCCAACGAAUUCUCCAAUUCCCAAGAAAUCACACACAUUCACAUACCAAAAAAAUACUACAAAAAUGCAUUUCUUCAAGACUAUCAAGAAAAAAAUGUGGGUGUUUUCUUGCUAAAACCGUGAUCUCCUCGUCGAUCAACCCCAAAAAACUUGUUUUUUUUCUCCGGUAUGGAAUUCAUGAUCACCACAACUACGAGAAUCACUAACAAAUCUGUAAACCAACCAAAUUUCCCUCUUCAAAAGCUCUCUUUUUGGUUCGCACCCACCACUCGUCCACCGGGCUAGUUUAUUUCACUUCUUGCUCAUAAAAUAUUUACAAAUUCAAUCUUUUUUUAAUGAUUGCUUACUUUCAUAACGCUGAUUCUUCUUCUGGGUCCGGUUAUUUUAGCAAGCUGGAUCCGUUUGCUCGUAGUUUAGGGGAGUUUAAUGGGGUUUUCAAAGGUGGGUCUGCGGUAUCUCAGGCUCUGGUGUUGGAUAGUGAGAAGAGUGAGCUUGUUAAAGCUCCGGUUGAUAGAGUUAGAAAAGAUGGGGAUUCUGAGGCUAAGGUUUUGGCUGCUUUGAAGAGUCAUAGUGAGGCGGAGAGGCGGAGGAGAGAGCGGAUUAAUGCUCAUCUUGCUACUCUUCGUGGCCUUGUUCCUUCCACAGAAAAGAUGGACAAAGCCACCUUACUGGCAGAAGUGAUUAGUCAUGUAAAAGAACUGAGGAAGAAUGCAAUAGAAGCCAGCAAAGGCCUUCUCAUUCCGAUGGAUGACGAUGAAGUGAAAGUUGAGGCUUACGACAAUGGAGAAGGAGACGGAACUUUGUAUUUUAAGGCAUCGAUAUGUUGUGAUUAUCGACCAGAGCUUCUAUCCGACAUAAAACAAGCAAUUGAGGCCCUGCAGUUGAAAAUGGUGGAUGCAGAAAUAUCAACCUUAGGUGGGCGGUUAACGAAUGUGCUUUUCUUAACCGGCUGCAGAAACAAGAUCGCUGUCGGUGAUUCUGAAUCACAGAAGCUUGUUACGCAAGCAAUUCACCGAGCUUUGAAUUCUGUUUUGGAGAAAGGUUGUAUCUUGCCUGAAUACUUGCCAAGAUCAUCACUUGCAAACAAGAGGAGGAAGACUGGUUUCUUCGAUUCCUCCAGCUCGAGUUCUUGAGAGCCGAAAUCUUGUUGCUGUUGGUGAUGACAAGCGUCUGUUUGCGUAGCUUACGUGGAAAUAAAGUUAGAAAUAAUUGCGAUGCUAUAUAUAUAAAUGAAAAAUUCUUAUCUAGACGGGUUCAUUCAUUAUUCAUGAAUUCAAGCAGUUAGAAGUUAGAAAAUGAGAAGGAUUUUUAACAUUUGAUUGGUUAAGUUCAUGAAAAUGCAUUCUGUCUAGGUAAGAAUUUUUUAAAUUAAAGUAUGCUAGCUUUUAUGUGAAAAUAGUGGUUCUACAUCAAGUAUUAAGAUGGGUGGUAAUCAUCUUUGUUGUUGUAAACAUAUAAGGAUUUGUUUCUUGCCUAAUUGUUCACUUGUUUGUAUCUAGAAAUAACUUGUCUAAA